AUGGAGGAGAAUCUCAGGCAGAGUGUGGCUGUCGAUGUGAGUCAAACCUACACGGUCUCUAGGCCUUCUUUGAACAGACUCGGACGUACAGGCUGGAAUCCGAAAAGAACAGCAGCAAAAACGGCUGGAGAAGGAUUUCGAGGUUCAAGUGUCGAGGUCAAGGCUCAGAUUGAUGAAAGAGUUGCUACUUAUCGAGAGAAUGUGCGACGAGGCCAAGAUGCGUAUCUCGAUCGACUCACUACAUUGCUGCAACGCAAGGCUGAAGUGGAGAGACAAACUGUUCGGCAUACUCGAGACCUGGCUAACCUUUGUACGACCACGACAGAAGAGUUUGAAGCUAUCGCCAAGGGUCGAUCUGACGAAGUCGGUGAAUCGAUUAGAGACCUGGAGAGUGCGGUGGUUGAUGUUGAGAAUGACAAGCAACGGCCGAAAGACCGCUCCAAUUGA